ACAGAUGUUUCAGUAAAAGGCAGCUUGAACAAGCUCAACAAAGGGUUAAACGUACCUGUCGAACGGCAAGUUACUCCCUGUGUGUAUGUAUGGGAAGGUAAUACAGAGGGGGAAGUCGAGCGGUGAAUGAGGAAGUUAAAUAGCUUUUUACAACGAUGGCAGAGAGCAAGCCUCAAGAACCCGACCGGUUCUCUCCUAAAAUUGAAGAAUCUGUCAGAGAGAGCUUGUCGUUUGAAGGCUUCCUACGAAAGAGGAAAGAUACAAUGAAGUUCACAUGGUCAAAAUAUUGGUUUAAACUUCAAAACACAACCUUGUUUUUCUACAUCCCAGGAGAAGUCCUGACCGCUACUCUUCGAGGCCAAUAUUACAUGUACAACGUGCUGUCAGUCCGAAAAUUGACAAACUCAGACAUUGGCUUCCAGUUCGAGAUUGUUAUGAAAAAUGGGAAGAGGAAACUCUUGUCCGCAGAUACAGCUGAGCUACGGGAUGUUUGGAUGGCAUUUUUAUGGAAAGCGAUGCAGUUACCUGGACCAGGCCGGCAUAACUCCUCCUGCACAUGGUACGACAUCCCAGGACUUCUACAGAGGGGUAAUUCAGAGACCAUGAACGAUGAACUAAAUGUAAGCAGUAUGCAGGUUGACGUACCCCUGACAAACCAAACAGACAGGCACAGAGAUGAUGAAGAUGAGCCUCAAGAAUUUUACGAUAUCCCCAAAUUUGUUGCCUUUAAUACUCCUCCUAAAGACACAGUAAGCGAUAGUGACGAUGAUGACAACAUCUAUGAUGUACCCCGACCAAUCAACAGCCAACCUGUGCAGGUGUCUGGUACACAAGCCGUGGCUGCUGGAACUACAGAUUCAUAUCCCACUUUAUCGCCGAAAUAUUAUCUAACAUCGAACGAAUCUGGAGACCCUUUCUAAAGAAAAAAAUUGGCUAUUGGCUAUUAUGCAAUUUUAGCUACCAUGUACUGUGUAUAUAUUUAAGUUUGCUCUAUGAGAAAAUUCCAAAUGUAUGUUUUUAUAUCAGCCAUAAACAAAAAGAUUACACAAUGGUACUUUGAAACACGGCAGAGUCCAUUGGUUCAUUUUAGGGGAGUUGUAGCGAAUAUUUAUUUUCUACUAUGUUUUGGGGUUGGGGGGUUUGCCUCUCCCUUCAUGCCUUAUAAUAAUGCAGGGAAACUGUGCAUGAUUAUAAGCCAUCUUACCUUGUAUUUAGUGUUUUAGGAGUUUAUUUUCUGCUGUUAUAUGUUGUGUAAAUUUUAUAUGACUGCUAACACCUAAAAAAAAACCAAAAAAAAACAUUAUCCCAGUGACACAGUGGAAACUAGCGUUCUCUCACACAAAGAAGGUCACACACUACCUGAACCAUUUAGAAUCCGCAUACAAGGUGUGGAUGAGAUGGUACAUGACCCCCCAAUGUCUGGCAUAUAUCUACCCAGGGGAGUCCCCAACAUGUUGGAGAUGUGAGCAAUGGGAGGGUACCAUGAGCCACAUUUUCUGGCACUGCCCCAAACUAGACCCUUUAUGGAUAAAUAUUAAAGCCUUAAUCAAAAAUCUAACGGGACAUGAGCUGCCCAUGCUCCCACAGACAUACCUGCUGCAAGUGAGGUCCCAUUAAAGAGCAAUGGUGAUUGCUCUUUAAUGGCAGCUAAAUGUUGCAAAGCCAAGCAGUGGAAGAAUAUAGAACCCCCAAACAUUGCUACGGUCAUGACCAGACUCGGCAAAACACACACCUAUGAGGAAAUGUCCCACAGAUUAGCAGGAACAGUGGAGUCUCACUCACGUAUAUGGAAUGGUUGGCAGACAAUGCAAGACUUACACUCAGACUAGCUGAAAGAUAGGCAGAUAUACCAAUAUAAUGAAAAGGGAAGAAUUGAUGUUAAUAAUAAUUUUAUUUUUUUUAAAUGCAUACAAUUGAUAGAGAUUAACAUCACCCCGCAUUAGCCAGCCAACUAAUCCUACCGUACAGUUUCUCCACUACUUUCAAACGAAAGGGGAACCUGUACAAUAGCAGUUGUGUCAAACGACUCGAUAUAUCGAUAUACAGCCACGUUACACAAGCGCACCACCAGAUCUCCAGCAUACUUGACCAGGGCACACCACACACAGGAGCAGCACUGAUGAUGUACACCAUUUUACACCUCCCUAUCCCCCAUGUUCACCUUCUCCCAUAUUUCUGUUCUUUCAUACUAUAAAAGGACACAAAAUUACACCUUCAUUCAAUCAGGGCGGUUUUCUACGGUAAAGGGCCAAUUUCGGGA